UUGCAGAUUAGCCAGGCAAUCCAAAGUAAAGGAUCUACAGUUAAUUAACCAUGAAAUUUUUUCUGCUGUUUCUCAGUCUUUUUGUGUUGGUCGAGUGCAAAAUAAUAAAUAAAAUCUACCCUUUAAAAUACACGGACUGUGCUCCACGAUCAAGAUUAUCGAUUGAAAUUUCACCAAAUCCACCCGAAUUUUUAAAACUUUUCCACGUUAAAAUAUCAUUUUUUGAAAGUCACAAUUAUAAUACCCUUAUCUACCACGUGGUUGUAUGGGCUGGAACUGGACCUAAAAACACAUCAAAGCUUAUUGCACUAGAUGGAGAUUUUUGUGCUGAUAAAAAAUAUCAUUGUAAAGGGAAAAUUGGAGACAAAUAUAUCUAUUCUAGAAUAAAGAGUGUGAAUCUCCCGUGGUUCUACACAUUUUACAAUAUAAGUGGGACGCUUGUAAAUGAAAAUGGACAAAUUGAAGCAUGUGUCAAACUAGAAACUUCUUUGGUGUAAAAGUUACACAUGCGCCAACUCCUUUCUAAGCAAUAUUCCUAAUCACAAAUUUAUGUGGACAAAAUAAAUUAAAUUUUUAAUUUCUACCUGUCUAUAAUUAAUUUUAGUAGUAAAAGAAAGUUUUUAAACUUUACCUUUUCAGGAUUUAAAGCACAAUUGUUUUUUUAAGUCUAAGGUACUCCUGGAGCAUUCACUAUGAACCCGCAUUAUGCACGUUCACCACAGAAUUUGCUUACAAUUUUUUAAUUUUGCUAAAUAAAUUUUUCCGAAUUAUUCUGAAUUCGCUUAUUUAAUGUAAAAAUGUCUGCAUUUGCUUAAAUAAAAUUUUCUGAAUUCUUCUAAAAAAACAAAAAGUAAAAGAUGAAAACAACUGCCAACAAUUUUUGUCGUUCAAUAAAGCAGCGUUCCUGAUUCAACCAAUGUUUUUCUAUUUAUAAUUCUAUACACAAGGCACACUAGAAAUAUACAAGUAUAUGUUGACAUACAAAGUAUUAUGCAUGAAACUUAAAACACGCUGUGACAGGUAUCAAAUGAAAGCUAGAAAAAUGUUAAUUACUGAAACUAAAAUGACAAAAUUACUCUAAAAAAUUUGGCACUUGAAGCGUGAUAAUGCAUUGAAGAAAAUGAGAAAAUUUUCAGUGAUGCCAAACGGAAAUGUUUAAAACCGGUGACCGGCAACACUAAUA